AUCUGAGUACGCAUGCGUGAGUAUUUACCCCAGCAGGUAAACUCCACCAUGGCGGCGAGAGGCCAUGUGCAAGAUCCUAACGACAGGAGGCUCAGACCUAUUUAUGAUUACCUUGAUAAUGGCAACAAUAAAAUGGCAAUACAGCAGGCAGAUAAACUGCUCAAGAAACAUAAGGACCUGCAUUGUGCUAAGGUGUUAAAGGCAAUUGGCCUUCAGAGGACUGGAAAGCAGGAUGAAGCGUUUACUUUGGCCCAGGAGGUGGCCACUCUAGAGCCCACUGAUGACAACUCACUACAGGCCCUGACUAUUCUGUACAGAGAGAUGCAUCGUCCCGAGUUGGUUACCAAGCUGUAUGAGGCUGCAGUAAAGAAAGUCCCUUUAAGUGAGGAGUAUCACUCUCACCUCUUCAUGGCAUACGCUCGUGUAGGGGAGUACAAAAAGAUGCAGCAGGCAGGAAUGGCCUUGUAUAAAAUCGUCCCCAAAAAUCCUUACUACUUCUGGUCUGUCAUGAGUCUAGUGAUGCAGGCCAUCUCAGCGCAGGAUGAAAAGCUGUCCCAAACCAUGUUCCUGCCUCUGGCUGAACGCAUGGUGGAAAAAAUGGUCAAGGAAGAGAAGAUUGAAGCAGAAGCAGAGGUGCAGUUAUACUUUAUGAUCCUGGAGCGGUUGGGAAAGUGUGUGGAAGCUCUCGAAGUCAUCAGGGGCCCUCUUGGAGAGAAGUUGACCAGUGAACUUCAGAGCAGAGAAAACAAAUGUAUGAUGCUCUACCAGCGACUACAACGCUGGGCAGAGUGCAACGCCCUGGCCCACAAGCUGCUACUCAAAAAUCCUGAUGACUGGCAGUUCUACCCUGCGUACUUUGAUUCUCUCUUCCACCUAAUGGAUCAGUCGUGGAGCCCGCCCGAAGAGGGACAACAUUGUUCUGAGGGCUCAGUUCAUCACACUGUGACUGAAGUCGUGAGGUUUGUAGAAGACAGAAUUAAGGGAGAGGACAGCAAAGACUCUCAUGCACUCAGAGGCCCCUAUUUAGCUCGGCUUGAAUUAAUUCACAGACUAAGAGAGAGGGGCUGUCCUGAGGAAAGCAUGCUAGGUGAGCCUUUAGAGCUAAUGGUGCAAUUCUUUGGAAAGUUUGGAGAUAAACCCUGCUGCAUCACUGACCUCAAAAUAUACCUUCAUCUGCUCUCUCCUGAACAGCAUGUUCAGUUUAUUAAUCGUCUGAGUGAAGCAGUUCCACUGGGGGAGCAGGGAGAGGAAGGAUUUGCUUUUCCAGAUGAUACCAAAGCUCUGCAGAGGCAUUUGUGUGUGUGUCAGCUGAGUCGUGCACUCGGACUGCACCACUGUCUCGACGUGGAUGGAAAACUCCGGCUCAUCACAGAGCUUAAAGCUCACUAUCAUCACGGGCUGAAGUUUGGGAAGAACGCUCUGAAGACGGAGCUGCAGUUUUCUGAUAUGUAUUGUCUCAUGGCAUCUCACAUAUACAUUGACCUAUGGAAAGAAACAGGCGAGGAGGACAUGGUAUGGCAGUGUUUGGGUCUCCUGCUAGAGGGUCUGUCUCACAGUCCCUCCAACGCCCAGUUCAAGCUCCUUCUGCUGCUCCUUUACUGUCACUUGGGAGCUUUUGAGCCUGUAGUGGACCUUUACUCCAGCCUGGAUGCCAAGCAUGUACAACACGACACCAUAGGGUUUCUCUUAACACGAUUCGCUGAGUCACUGGGUCAGUUCGCUGCAGCCUCCCAGGCCUGUAACUUCUCCCUCAGGUUUUUCCACUCUAACCAGAAAGAUACCUCAGAGUAUAUCAUCCAAGCAUAUAAGUACGGAGCAUUUGAGAAAAUCCCGGAGUUCAUUGCUCUAAGGAACAGGUUGAACCAAUCGCUGCACUUUGCCCAGGUUCGCACAGAGAGGAUGCUGCUGGAUCUGUUCUUAGAGGCUGACAUUGUGUUGAACCUGGAAGAGAGUGUGAAGGCCAUGUCUUUAUCUGCAGAGGAGGAUGACAUCCCUUGGGAUAAUAUGCGGGACAACAGAGACCUUACUGUUUUUACCAGUUGGGAUCCUAAAGAUCGACAGUUAACUGAUGAGCACCGGCGUCAGUCUUUAGAGGAAGAGUCAGUCUGGCUGAGGAUACGUUCCCUAACACUCCGCCUUUUAGCAUCUAUAGCUGUAGUUGGACACGCACCUUCCACACAAAACUCUGAGGUGACCAAUGAGAAUGGAGUAGGAGAUAAAACCUCAACCGUCAGUAGCUUGCUCUCACAGCUCAACCAAACUCUACAGACAGCAGCUCAGUUAGCAGAAAAACGCAUACAGUAUCCAUUCCUGGGACCUCCCUCCACCCGGUUGGGCCCAGCUCUGUCUAGUGGGAGCUGUCAGUGUCAGGCAGCGGCCUUGCAGAUGUCUGUCAACCUUCAGGAGCUGGACACUGUUGGACUUGAUGAGUCCACAGAGCUUCAAACCCAGAUCUGUAAUGGUUUCAAAUCAUUAGUAGUUCAGCUUCAAGAAAUACUGAAUAAAUGCAAAGGGGAUUUAUUGGAAAUGAAAGGGGGCAGAUUAAAAACCCGGUCCCCCUUAUUAGAAAACCUAGUCUUCUUUGUUGAGACGAUGUGUGUAGUGUUGUGGAUGGCUAGUUACUGUGCCAAGAUCUUGCGACCACUGAAGACAAGUCUACAGAAGAAGAAGAAGAAGAAAAAGGAUGCAAACACAGCUCUGCCAGAGGUGGUGUGUGGGUUCCAGGAAUUGACAGGGAGCUUGCAGGACUUGCUUACCCAGGCUUUGGAGCACAUAAAAGGGCAAGAGAUGAGCAUUACUGCCCUAAAAUUGGCCAGUUUAACCUUGGAAGGAUACACACAGGAGGAAGCGUCAUUUAUCAAGGCUGCUAUGGACAAGGUGCAGAGCAGUUACCUGCGCUCACUACAGGAGGUGGGGGAUCUGCUCAAGAAAAGAGCAGAAACUCUAAAGAACCUCAAGAUCUGAACACCAUCACAACACCCUCCCCCAAAUCAAGAUGACUGUCCCAGCAUCAGCCCCCCAACGCCCCACACCACUGUCUGCUGUCUGCCCACCAGCUAAACUACACCACUCUUAAUUUAAUUUCCUCGCGGAUCAGACAAACCACGACCCAACCUGCCCAUGCACACAUUGAUUUCUGGCCUCCUCCUACUCUUUCUGAAUAUUUCCCUCUGUGGGUCUGUGAGCUCUCGUGGAUUACUGUUAGUACUUUUUUAUUUUUUGGUCAACAUACACACCUCUGGAACAUUUGCAACUCCUAUAGCACAUAAGCUUGUAAGUAAACUCAUGAAUUUAUAAAGCAGUUAUAAGUGAAAAUGAGGAAAAAUACAUGCUCCUUUUAAAAAUAGAAUAAAUUAGGAAAAUGAAUCAGUUUUAGAUUUAACUAAUCUAAUAAAUUAUUGUACAUAGUGAAGAGCAACUACCACAACUCCUUAACUAAAUGAGAAUAUAAACACAAUAAACCACUAUUCUGUUUGUUGGUUAGUUACAUUUCCUUUAUUUUUUCACUUUGUUUUUCUGGUGACUCCAAGAACAAUCAAAGUCCAUUUCAGUACAGUAAAACACUCACACACUGGGGUUUUUUCACUCUGAAGAGGACAUAUCUUUCUAAUGUGCUACUUUUUCAGCUGUUUGUCUCUCGAGCGAGCAGGCACACUUUUACAUUAUACUUCACAGCAGCGGAGACUGAUGUGGAAAUAUGGACAGCAAGUGCAGGGCAACCAGCAGAAGGCCUUCAGACUGAAGUUUCCUGUUGAAGAAUGUUUUUUUUUUUUUUUUUUUGUCACUGUCUUUUCUUGCUUUUCUUGCUUUGUGUAUCUUGUGUGGCGCUUUGGUAUGAAAGUGGAACCAACUCUGUAGUCGCAGUAUUAUAAAGAGCAACAUAGGGAUGAGUUGCAUAACAGGACAUUUUUUAAAUCAGAAUUAUUGUCUGCCACUUUUUUUUUUAUUUUUUUUUUUAUUGGUAAUGGUAAUACUAGUAGUGAUGCGUGUAAACAUGUCCAUUGUGGAAUUCGGUUGCUCUUGCACAAACAAACAGGAAAACAAAAUCCAGUGUGGAUGAAAUGGUGACCUUUCAAUGACUGACUGGACUGAUUGUAAUUAUGACACCAUGUAUGGCUACCUUUUAAAAUGAAUGUUCUCAUAGUAGUUUGUUUUCUACUCGGAUCAUUCAUAAUUUACUAUUUUUCUCUGAAGCUACAGAUGUAGAAUCUGUUCGUAGCAGUGUGAUAAAUGCAACAUGUAUGUAGCCACUUGAUUUUGGCACAUCAGGAUUAGACAUUUUAUGGAUAUCCAUAUAUGUAGUGAAUUAAUUUGGCAGAUUUUAGACAUUUCAGGUUGAUAAAUGCAAAUGCUAAAUUGCUGUGAUGCACCAGAUGCUAACAGUCAUAUUUGGCCUGUGUUUAAUUAAGGCUAGACCAAACGAUUAAGGGGAUUAUGGCUAUUUUUUUUUUUUUUUUUUUGACCCAGAACCAAUUGCACAGACAGUUUUUUUCUGCCAGGAUGCACUUCAAGAUGUUCUGGGAUGGCUCUUUCCCUCUGUUGUAAUCAGAGAGCUGUGUGUCACAGACAAAUAUUGGACCUAAUUGUAAAUAAUUGUUGCAGCAGCCUUUGAAAGUACAGUGUGAAAGGACAUGAGUAGUGUUUUACAGCAGCUGCAGUAGUUAUUAUGUCAUGCAUUAAUGUUUCUCUCAUUCCCAUUUAAAACACCUGCCACCUCUUCCAAAAAAGUAUUGUGAACCAAAAGUUUCAUCAAAUAGUUUCAUCAGCUUCAGCAUCUCUGUGUGAAACAGUUUAGCAUCUGUUAGAUAUAACCAAUAAGGGUUUACCCAGAGAUAAAAGCAGGCAGUGACAUAGUUUACAAGUUUUCUUAUCAUCAAGGAGCACUGAUGGAUGACUACUGGCACUGCAGGUAGUGUGCAGUUUGGGUUUUUUGUUGUACUAUUAUUUUAUUAUGAAAUUGGAAGAGCAAUGUGAAAAUGUGAGUAAAUGGUGAACACCCCCUCCAUCCUGUUAGUCUUGUAUAUGCAUACAGUCACAUAUUUGCAAAUAAAUGCCUUUAUGAAGACUUGA